AGGUUUUGGUACUCUCAGGGAGCCACUUGGUAGCAUCCAACAUUAAGAUCUCAGAUACUCGUGUUAACCACAGACUUUAUUUCUGGCAUCUCACCAAAAACACAUUAAAAAAAAAAAAACACAUUAACUUCGGGAUGAGGGAACAAGAAGUGCAAAAGAUGCUGACUCAUUCCUGCACCACUCUAUUAUUAGCCUGUCAAUUCAAAUAAUCUGAUGAAAUACACACAUUAAUUGUGAAAUAGGUGUUAUAAGAACAGUGAGGAACACCCCCCCCCCCCCGUGCUUCCCCACCACGUCACAGAGAUAGAUCUCUUUGCUGGUCUCCCCCUGUGAACCACUUCUUGACCUAAACUCCUGGUCCUGGAUCUGACUUGGACUUGAGUGUCCCGGUCCUAAUUACAACCGUGACGUAACAGCGGGCCAUCUGCCAGUGCUGUCCGGUUAAGGGGCCGGCUGAUUGGCCGGUGGGGGUUUGGAGGAGAUCAGUGAGAGCGGACGGAGGCUUGUUCUUUCGAGCGUGGUGUCCGACUGUGCGGGCAGGAAGCCCUCUCUCCCAGGAGCCUGUGCUCCCCUCCACGGUUAAUUAUAGCAGAGUCGGUGGGGAGGGAGCUGAAGCGGGCAUGGAGGUACGGAGCUGGGUGGAGAAUGUGAGAGACAGAUGGAGAGAUGAGGAGAGAGAGGCAUCUAGAAAAUUAGAUCAUAGUGUGAUUUUUUUUUUUCUGUCUUCACCUGUGAGUGUUACACAUGUCGGAUAUUGAUGCCAUAAUGUUGAUGCCAUAAACCACAAAAGACAGCGUUAUUGUAAUUUGACAGGCGGUGCCGCAGAAACUGUUGUUCCUGCGGAUCCGUUUCUAGCACACCGUGCCUCGGAUCACAGUUUUUCUGCUGACGAUGCACUGCAGCCGGAGAGCAGCUUCUUCGCCGCAGGUAGCUCGUGCAGACACGCGCUCAGACACGGGCACUUAAAGAUGCACAACCUGUGUUCAGCAAGACUGCAACACCAACCCGGAUCGCUAGCUUCUUGCAAGGUGUGUGGCGACCAUGCCAGGUGCGACGGGGCUGCGUGAAGCCCCCUCGAACAGGAUGCCGUUAUUUGACUCCCUGUGACCCAUGGCUUCUAUUAGGUAACAGAGCCACAGAGCUACAAGGCUCAUCGGAGCAGAAGCAUCCGUGAUGUCAGAGCGCUAAUCUCUCCAGGGAGGGAGGGGAUUGGCGGAUGGACGUUUGUCGGAAACAUUUGAUGCAGACCUGUGAUGAAAGCAGUCGGGAAGCAGCAGAGUCAGAGCUGUGCCGAGCUCCCGGCUUUUGUAUUUAUGUUGUCUUCUUGGUGGGCUUUUUCGGAGUGAGGUCGCUGCCAUGUUCCCGCACGGGAAGAGCGUCCGAGGAGAGAGCAUCUGAGGAGAGAGGAGAGGGUUUUUUGACCGACAGCCCGACAGCUGAUCUUCGUCUCCGCUAUUCUCUCUGACUUUCACACAUAAUCACAAGAGUCCAGAGCGGGGCUCAGGCCCUGAGCCCUUAGCCUCUCAUCUUACCAUUGCCGCAAGCACAAGGGGAGUUAGCGGGCAUCCUGCCCCUGACCUCACAGGAGGCACACCAUGCUCUCUGUGGACCACAAUAGAGGAUUUAUUAAUCAGAGAGCCGAUGAGGAGGCAGUGGUGGACCGCGGGGGCACGCGCUCCAUGCUCAACACCAACUUUGAGAAGGAAGAGCUAGAAGGUCACCGCACUCUCUACAUCGGGGUUCACGUUCCCCUGGGCAGGAAGUCGCACAGACGUCACCGUCACCACGGACACAAACACAGGAAGAGGUCUAAGGAGAGGGACUCUACAGCUGAUGAUGGAAGAGAAUCCCCCUCGCACACGGACACACCAGCUCAGAGGGUGCAGUUUCUGUUGGGGACAGAGGAUGGCGACGAGGAGCACAUCCCCCACGCCCUGUUCACCGAGCUGGACGAAAUCUGCCUCAGGGAGGGUGAGGACGCCGAAUGGAAAGAGACAGCCAGGUGGCUUAAGUUUGAGGAGGAUGUCGAGGAUGGUGGUGAGCGGUGGAGUAAACCCUACGUAGCCACUCUGUCUCUGCACAGUCUCUUCGAGCUCCGCAGCUGCAUCAUGAACGGCACCGUGAUGCUGGACAUGAGGGCCAACUCGCUGGAGGAGAUCGCAGACAUGGUUCUGGAUCAGCAUGAAUUGUCGGGCCCUGUAGGUCCGGAUGCCAGGAAGAGGAUCCGCGAGGCCCUGCUCAAACAGCACCACCACCAAAACCACAAGAAACUGGCCAACCGCAUUCCUAUCGUACGCUCCUUCGCUGAUAUUGGCAAGAAGCAGUCCGAGCCUCAUUCCAUGGACAAGAAUGGCCAAACGGUCUCACCCCAGUCCCAGCCGGCUAACAGUGAGGGCAAACAGGACGUCAGCCGAGAAAACAGCGCCGUCGACUUCAGCAAGAUUGACCUCCACUUCAUGAAGAAGAUCCCCCCUGGUGCUGAGGCGUCUAACGUCCUGGUAGGGGAGGUGGAAUUCCUAGACCGCCCCGUGGUGGCCUUCGUCCGCCUGGCUCCUGCUGUGCUGCUCAAUGGCCUGGCUGAGGUUCCCAUCACCACCAGGUUUCUUUUCAUCCUGCUUGGCCCUCUGGGAAAAGGUCCACAGUAUCAUGAAAUUGGCCGGUCUAUUGCUACCCUGAUGACAGAUGAGAUUUUCCAUGACGUCGCUUACAAGGCCAAAGACAGGAAUGACCUGGUGGCGGGCAUCGAUGAGUUUCUGGACCAGGUGACGGUGUUACCCCCCGGAGAGUGGGACCCCUCCAUCAGAAUAGAGCCUCCCAAAAACGUGCCGUCCCAGGAAAAGCGGAAGAUUCCCCCCCUUCCCAACGGAGUGACAGAUCUUGGAGAGUCGGAGGAACACGGAGGGCACGGCGGCCCUGAGCUGCAGCGCACCGGGAGGUUAUUCGGCGGCUUCUUCAUGGACAUCAAGCGAAAGGCUCCUCACUACAUUUCCGACUUCACAGACGCCAUCAGCCUGCAGUGUCUGGCCUCGUUCCUCUUCCUCUACUGCGCCUGCAUGUCGCCGGUCAUCACCUUCGGAGGACUCCUGGGUGAGGCCACAGAGGGACGAGUGAGUGCUAUCGAGUCCCUGUUUGGGGCUUCCAUGACUGGAAUAGCCUACUCUAUCUUUGCCGGUCAGCCCCUCACCAUCCUGGGCAGCACUGGGCCUGUUCUUGUCUUUGAGAAAAUCCUCUUCAAGUUCUGCAAGGAGUACGGCCUCUCCUACCUCUCCCUGAGGGCCUGUAUCGGCCUGUGGACGGCCUUCUUGUGUCUACUGCUGGUGGCCACGGACGCCAGCUCGCUCGUCUGUUACAUCACACGCUUCACCGAGGAAGCUUUCGCUGCGCUGAUCUGCAUCAUCUUCAUCUAUGAGGCCCUGGAGAAGCUGCUCCACCUGGGGGUGCACUACCCCAUCAAUAAAAACAACGACCUUCAGAAGCUCACACAGUACUCGUGUGCAUGUGUGGAGCCCAUGAACCCCAGCAACGAGACCUUGCGGUUCUGGGAGGAGAAGAACAUCACAGCCUCCCAGGUCAACUGGACCAUGCUGGAGGUCAAGGAGUGCGAGAUGUUUCACGGGGAGUUCGAUGGCAGCGCCUGCGGCCCCCACGGCCCUUACGUCCCCGACGUCCUCUUCUGGUGCGUCGUCCUCUUCUUCUCCACCGUCUUCAUGUCCGCCUUCCUCAAGGAGUUCAAGACGAGCCGCUACUUCCCCACUAAGGUGCGGGCCAUCAUCAGUGACUUCGCUGUCUUCAUCACCAUCCUGACUAUGGUUUUAGUCGAUUACGCCUUGGGGAUCCCCUCACCUAAAUUGCAGGUCCCCAGCAAGUUCAAACCAACCAGGGACGAUCGUGGCUGGCUCAUAAACCCUGUGGGGCCCAACCCCUGGUGGACCACCAUCAUCACCUUCCUCCCCGCUCUGCUCUGCACCAUCCUCAUCUUCAUGGACCAGCAGAUCACGGCCGUCAUCAUCAACAGGAAGGAGCACAAACUAAAGAAAGGCUGCGGCUACCACCUGGACCUGUUCGUGGUGGGGGUGAUGCUGGGCGUGUGCUCGGUGAUGGGCCUGCCGUGGUUCGUGGCGGCCACGGUGCUCUCCAUCUCCCACGUGAACAGCCUGAAGCUGGAGUCGGAGUGCUCGGCCCCCGGCGAGCAGCCCAAGUUCCUGGGCAUCCGAGAGCAGCGCUUCACCGGCCUCAUGAUCUUCACCCUGAUGGGCUGCUCCGUCUUCAUGACCUCCGUGCUGAAGUUUAUCCCCAUGCCUGUGCUGUACGGAGUCUUUCUGUACAUGGGGGCUUCCUCACUCAGAGGCAUCCAGUUCUUUGACCGCCUGAGGCUGUUCAGCAUGCCGGCUAAACAUCAGCCGGACUUCAUCUACCUUCGUCACGUUCCGCUGAGGAAGGUGCACCUCUUUACCAUCGUCCAGCUCAGCUGCUUGGUCCUGCUCUGGGUCAUCAAGACCUCCAAGGCCGCCAUCGUCUUCCCCAUGAUGGUCUUGGCCCUGGUGUUCAUUCGUAAGCUGCUGGACUUAAUCUUCACCAAGAGGGAACUGAGCUGGCUGGACGACCUGAUGCCAGAGUGGAAGAAGAAGAAACUGGAAGAUGCUGAAGAAGAGGAGGAGCACAGUAUUAUUGUAGAGGAAGAAGGCAUUGUACAAGUGCCACUGGAGGGACAUUACAAGUGUGACCCGGCCACAGUGAACAUCACUGACGAGAUGUCUAAAGGAUCUUUCGGGGGUGUGUGGAAGAGCAUCAGCCCCGGUGAGAGCACGAAGAAGGAGCCAAGCGCUAAAAGCUCCCCAUCCUAACCUCCCAGAAGCUGACAUCCCAAAGUUGUGGCGGCGAAAAGCGACACAAGCGGCGGAGGCAUGACAAGAGCUUGGACAGGGAGACAAGUUUGUGAUGACAUGUACUGACGGUGUCACCGUGCUGUCGAUGAGUAAAUCAAAAAACACAAAAAAAAACUUUACCGUGCCACAAUCAACCACCUUUGUACUGUGCUACACUGUGUUUUUGUCAUGUAAGUCUGUGUGCAAGUUAUGUAAAACAAAGAAGUUGUUAGAAACAGUAUUAACAUGAGGAACUGAGACACUUUUGUGUUCUUUUUCUAUGUAUAUCAGUGUUUGGUGAUACCAGCAA